UCAGCUGCAACACCUUUUGUAUAUCCAUUUGGUAAGACAUCCAUCCAUCUGUCUCUAGAAGCGCCUAUUAACAUUAUUUGAUCAUUAGAAAUGAAAGACAUCUACAAGCAAGACGAACUCGCCAUCCCCGAAGGUGUCAAGGUCGAGAUUAAGUCUCGUCAAAUCACUGUUGAAGGCCCCCGUGGUGUCCUUAACAAGAACCUCCGUCAUUUGAACAUCGAGAUCACCCUUGUUGGUGACAAGAUUCGUUUCGUUGUCCAUCACGGUCUCCGUAAGCACGUUGCCUGUAUCCGUACUGUCCGCUCUUUAAUCAACAACAUGAUCGUUGGUGUCACCAAGGGUUUCGAAUACAAGUUGCGUUAUGUUUACGCACAUUUCCCCAUUAACUGUAUCAUUUCCGAUGCUGCUGAUGCCGUUGAGAUCCGUAACUUCUUGGGUCAAAAGGUUGUCUUCCACGUCAAGAUGCGCGAGGGUGUCACUGUUGAGGCUUCCAAGAACCAAAAGGAUGAGCUUACCAUCACUGGUAACUCUCUCGAGAACGUUUCUCAAUCUGCCGCUGAUAUCCAACAAUCUUGUCUUGUCAAGAACAAGGAUAUCCGUAAGUUCUUGGAUGGUAUUUACGUCUCUGAGCGUAAUGUCAUGGAGUCUGCUUAAAUUUUACAUC